CGCUCACCCGCAUUCAUCAUAGAACAUCCCCCCUAGAACCGCUCACCCUUUUUCACGUGGAAGUGCGAUUUUUAUAUAUUAGCCAGUAAGAAUUGCGUAUGUAUUUUAAUCGGACUAUAACACAUUUGACAGUGUAAAACUUCAUUUGGGAAACGUCGUUGCCUGAACAGAGACUAAGCGUCUCGGCGCGCUUUGUGAGAAUGCAUUCAUCAUCUGUUAUCUGGUGAAAGACAUAUGGAAGCCAGUUCUCUUGGUUUGAAGCCAUCGAUAACGGUUGAACUUGCGCAGACGCCUUCACGGUUUACCUCGGAUUGUUAUUACAAGGUUUUAGGAAUGCCAGGGCUUCUGGCCCUAGUCGGCCUGCUCCUGGUGCUCCACAUGCGGCUUGCCAGUUCAGAGUCCACGGAGCUGAAGUUCUCCGGGCAGACGGUGUUCUUCGUGAACGAGAGCAGCAAGGCCAUCGUGCGUCUGGUGGUGGAGAGGACCGGCUCCCCUGUCAACGUUACUGCUCUAAUACUGCUGCAGGGUGAGGACACCGGAGACUUUGAGUCCACCACGGCCGUUGCUUUUCUCCAGUCCACUGAGGCCAACAAGACCGUCUUCAUCGCCGUGAAGGAUGAUGACUUACCCGAGGCCGAUGAGACCUUUGUGUUUAUCCUCCGACUCCAGAGCUCUUCAAAUGGUGUGACAGUAGGGACUCCAAACACGGCCAUGAUCACCAUCCUGUCCAAUGAUAAUGCCUUUGGGAUCAUAUCCUUCAACUCGACCAUCCUCAUCACCAUGGAUGAGCCAAAGGGCAGAAGCCAGUAUGUGCCUCUUACUCUUAUCAGAGAGAAAGGAACUUAUGGAACAGUCACUGUGAAUUUCGAGAUUGUUGGAGGCCCAAACCCAGCCAGUGAGGACCUCAGUCCAGACAGUGGAAAUCUCACUAUUCCUCCUAGCAUGGCAGUUGUGGUCUUCAAUAUACUUAUUCAAGAUGAUAAGAUCCCAGAAGAUGAUGAGACCUUUAUCGUGCGCUUGACAGGAGUGACAGGGGGGGCCUUAUUGAACCCCAACAGCAGCAGCGUGCCGAUCAGAAUCUCCCGGAAUGACGCCCCUGUGCGCUUCUCCCAGCCAUCGCUGGCCGUGCCUGAAAGUGUCGGGGCCAUAAAUCUCACCGUCACCCGCGGCAGAACAGAUGAUGGCCUCCUGGUCGGCUCAGAUGAUAGAGAGGUGUCUGUCACAUACGCCAUAGUCACAGGGACUGGGUCAGCGAGUGCCUCGCUGGCAGACUUUGUGGACCAGCAGUCCAACAGGACUCUGGUUUUUCCCCCGGGCAUUCACGAGAGGGUUCUGCGCUUUGUCAUCAUUGACGACAUGAUUCCGGAAAUCGCAGAGUUUUUUCAGGUCAUACUUCUGGAGGAGACGCUGGUGGGCGAUGCUGUGCUGUUGUCUCCUAGUGUCAUACAGGUGACUAUUGAGCCUAAUGACAAGCCAUAUGGGGUGCUGUCCAUCAGCAGUCCGCCUCCAACACAGCCGGUCAUAAUUAAUGAAGAUACAACUGUGAGGUUCGAAGGCAUCACCAUUGUGAGAAAUGGAGGAACCCAUGGUGUCGUGUCAGUGAACUGGACUAUAACGCGGAACUCCACAGAUAGGACGGCUGUCUCCAAUGACUUGUACCCAGCCUCUGGAACACUGAGGUUUGUUCAAGGGCAAAUGGCUGCCGUGCUGCAAUUGAACAUCACACAGGAUGACCUCCCUGAAGAGGCAGAGGCUUACCUCCUCAGACUGAUUCCUGCAUCUGUUCUGGGAGGCGCUGAAGUGGAUGAUCCCAUGGAGAUGGUGUUUUAUAUCCAGGACAGCGACGACGUCUAUGGCCGCUUUAGCUUCGGUUCCAGCGACAGCCAGAGUAUCCAGAGCCAGCCCGUGAGGCGCUUCCUGUCCCUUAGCUUCCUGCGUGAGGCAGGCACAUGGGGGGAUGUGCGCCUGGACCUCACAGCCCUCUACAUCCCCGCCGGGCUCCUGGACCCAGCGAGGGCACGGGAUGGCGUGCUGAACAGCUCCAGUACCAACAGCCUAUUGUUUGGUUCUGGUCAGUCGAGGGUCCAGCUCAACCUGCCUAUAUGCAACGAUGCCUUUCUGCAGAAUGGGGCCCACUUUCUCGUAAAGCUGGACAGUGUACAGUUGGUGAACAUUAGUCCUCCGGUUGCCUCCAUCAGCCCUCGCUUUGGAGGGGCAAUCAACAUUUCCCUUGUUAUCACACCUGACAUCGCCAACGGAGAGAUCGGAUUCACCAGCAACCAGACGGUGGUGGCAGUAGAACCGGAGGAGUCAAACGCCAGCACGAUCAUUCUUCCUCUGAGGCGAGAUGGAACAGAUGGGCAGGCUACGGUCUUCUGGAGCGUGCGAACCACUGGCGAGAACAGUGGUGACAUUACCAGAGAUGACCUUUCACCUUUCUCUGGUUCAGUCACGUUCCUUUCAGGACAAAGUGAGGCGAACAUCAGCAUCACUAUCAUGGCUGACAGCAUUCCGGAGAUCAAUGAGACUGUCCUCCUGAUUUUAGACAGGACAAACGUAGAAAAUCAGAUUCUGACGCCUGGUUUCACCAGCCAGGAGAUUGUCAUCUUGGAGAAUGAUGACCCUGGUGGAGUCUUUGAGUUCUCACCAGGGUCUAGAGGUCCCUGGUUUAUUAAUGAGGGGGAGACUGUGGAGCUGAGAGUGAGCAGGCAGCAUGGCCGUCUGCUUAACCAGCUGGUGAGGUACACGGUGACGCCCUCCGGAAACGAGAACUUUUAUGGAGCCGGAGGAAUCCUGGAGUUCCACCCCGGAGAGAGGGAGGUCGGGGUCGCCCUGGUGGCCAUGCCUGAUGGGGUACCUGAGCUGGAUGAGACGUUUGCAGUUAUUCUCAGCAGCCACAGUACCCCAGCCAGUCGACUGGGUGAACAUAGGGAGGUCAACAUCACUGUGCGUAUGAGCGAUGACCCUUUUGGGGUGUUGGAGUUCACUCAACCAGACCUCAGGUUCGCCAUCAAUGAGAGCAAAGCAACAGAGUGGUAUUCAGCCACUUACCACAUCGUCAGAGGGUGGGGAUGGUUUGGGAAUGUGUCUGUCCUCUGGGUCCUAGAGCCCACCUCCUCCAGAGAUGUAACCUCAGUCCAGGGAGAGGUGGUGUUUGCUGAAGGAGAAUAUCUAAAAAAUCUGACCAUUUACUCCAAUCCAGAUGAGAUUCCAGAAGAUGCUGAAAUGUUUACAAUCUCUCUCAUCAAUGCAACUGGUGGCGCUAGAUUGGGCAAUGCUCUAAAUGCAAGCCUAGAAAUUAAUAAGAACGAUGACCCCAUUUACUUUGCAGAGCCAGUAAUUCAGAGAAUUAGAGAAGGUGGUGUGGUGAACUUCACCAUCUUGAGGGCUGGGCUGGCUAACUUUGUAGCAACGGUCUUGUAUCGGUUCGAGUAUGGGGACUCAACGCCAGGAGACUUCAUCCCAUUAAGAAAUGAUUCGCUGCUGGUGUUUACCUACGGGGAAUGGAUGAAGAACAUAUCAGUUGCUAUAAAUGAUGAUAACAUCCCUGAAGCAGACGAAUCCUUUCACAUCGUUCUGUUCAAUGCCACAGGAGACACCGUGGUGUAUGGACAGGAUACUGCUACCGUGGUGAUUGAAGCCAAUGAUGACACCAGUGGGAUAUUCUUCCUGGAUGCUACUGAGAAGUCUGUGGAAGAGGGGAGGUCUAACAAAUAUUAUGUUAUUAGGGACAGAGGGCAGUUUGGCAAUGUGACAGUGUUCUGGCAGCUGUUUGCCAAUGGCACCCCUCUUGAGCCCCACCAGGAGUUUGUCAACACUUCGGGGUUUAUAGUAUUUGUCACUGGAGAGAAAACCAAGCCAAUAGUCUUGGAGGCGAUCUCUGACCAACUCCCUGAGUUCAACGAGUUUUAUGAGCUGCGCUUAACGAAUGUUUCAGGUGGUUAUCCUGGUGAAAGUGGCAAAUUGGCUAAGAACGACCUCAGCGCAUCUGUGCUCAUACUGCUCAACGAUGACCCUUUUGGCGUGUUCACCAUCAACAAAGACAGCUUAGACCAAGAGGUAGCAGAGGACAUCCUGUCUGCGGAUGACAUGUCCUCAGUUACGUCUUUCACUGUGCUCCGCCAGCAAGGUACUUUCGGAGAUGUGCGUGUGGCGUGGGAGAUCCUAUCUGGAGCUUUCCCACAGGGUUUGCCACCCAUGGUGGACCUUAUCCUCAUAGCUACGUUCCCUCAAGCCGUAACCCCCCAGCCCCAUGCCAGAAGGCACCAUUCUGGAACAGAUGCCUUCUUCUUCCCUGGCUUUCCUGGAGCAUAUGGCACGAUCAGGCCCGAAGCUCAGCCUCAGGAGAUUCUGCGCAGCCUAGCAAACUUCACCAUCUCAGCCUGGCUAAUGCCCAGAGCCAAUACAAAUGGGCUUAUUGUUUCUAUGGGCAACAGCAAUGGAACUAUGUAUUACGGGGUAAAAGUCCAGACCAAUGAGUCCCAUGUUAGUGUGAUGCUUCAUUACAUGACUGUUGGAACCAACGACACCCAGGUGGCAAAAGCAACAGCAAUGAAGUUUGUGGAAGAUAAUGUGUGGGUUCAUGUGCUCAUUACAGUGGAAGAUGGAAUUAUUGAGUUUUAUUUGGAUGGAAUCCUGAUGCCUGGAGGAAUCAAGAGUCUGAAGGGAGAGGCCAUUAUGAAUGAUGCGGCUCUUGUGAGGGUUGGUGCCGACCCUGACGGCCAGCAGCUCUUCACAGGCCUGCUGCAGGAUGUGCGCCUGUACACCAGGCAUCUGAGCCAGGCAGAAAUCCAUGAGCUCCACGGCCAGCCUGCCAAGGCCGACCUUCGGAAUGUGUCCGGUUACCUGGCGUACCGCCCAGAGGAGACACACAAGUCAUUUGUCGUGGAGGUGCGCGACGACACUGAUGAGGAGGGAGAGGAGGUCUUCUACCUGCAGCUAGUGGCGGUGCACGGUGGUGCCCGGCUGCCCGUGCCACGACCCACUGCCAGGCUCAGCGUUGGCAAGAGCGAUAAUGCCAACGGGCUGUUUGGGUUCACUGGAACGUGCAUUCCUGAUAUCUCUGAGGAGGGUUCCACCAUCUCCUGCAUAGUGGAGCGCACACGUGGAGCCCUGGACUCCGUCACUGUAAACUACACUGUGAGGCAGCUCGGCUCCCUUGUGGCAUCCAGCGUGUCUGACUUUGCCAACACCACGGGUUCCAUCCUCUUCCUGCCGGGCCAGCGCUCUGAGGUUUUGAAUCUGCUGGUAGUAGAUGAUGACAUCCCUGAGUUCGAUGAGUACUUCCAAGUCAGACUGAUCUCAGCCCAGUCGGCCGAUGGGAAACCAGGUUCAACUCCAACCAGUGGGGCGAGCAUUGAUCCUGACAAUUCUAUCAACAAUGUCACUAUCAAGGCCAGUGACCACCCUUAUGGUCUGCUGCAGUUCCAGACUGAACCUGUCACUCAGGCAAUGAUCAAACCAGCUAUGGAGGUCGCCCGCAUUACUGUGCAAGAAGAGGUUGGUGAGGUCAGACUGCCAGUGGCCAGAGCGCAAGGGCUUCUGGGAAGAGUGCUUUUGGCUUACCACACAGUCCCAAUUACAGCUAUUCACCCAAAGGACUAUCAGGGCACAGAGGGAAUUCUUGACUUUCUGCCAGGCGAGAGACUUAAAUACAUCAACGUGACUAUUAUAGACAACUCUGUGCCAGAGCUAGACAAAGUCUUUAGAGUGGAACUCUACAACCCUGAGGGGGGAGUGGAUCUGUUCUUUGGGAGCGAUGGCAGUGGAAGUGGCGAGGGUGACACCGACUUUUUUCUUCCGCCUUUUCACUAUCACCACGCCAACUUGGGAAUUGCAUCUCACAUCACUGUGACCAUUGCCGCAUCUGAUGAUGCUCAUGGGGUCUUCCAGUUCAGCACUGAAUCUCUCUCAGUAAAUGGGACAGAGCCAGAAGAAGGUCGGAAUACUGUGUUGUUACAGGUUAUUCGUAUGUUUGGAGCUCUGUCCAAUGUCACUGUAUACUGGGAGGCAGAAGCAGCCUCAGAAGGGGAGCUUAUCUACAGAUCUGGCAACUUAACCUUCGGUGUAGGCCAGACCAUCGGGACCAUCUACCUUCUAAUCUCCCAGGAUGAUGUACCUGAACUGGAUAAAAGCUUCAAAAUCCUUCUAUCUAAUGUCUCUCAUGGGCGUCUUGGGAACUUGACUAUAGCCACCCUUACUGUGCUGGCUAGUGAUGACCCCUAUGGACUGUUUGAGUUCUCAGAAAGCAGCAGGCCAUUUCGUGUUGUAGAAGCAGACACUCUUGUCACAUUGACAAUAUGGAGGCAGAAAGGGUUGAUGGGAAGGGUGAGAGUGGCAUACCGGACACUGAGGGAUACUGAUCUGGAGCCCUACAGCACACCAGGUGUGGGCAUGGCAAGCGCUGGGAAUGACUUUGUGCCUAUUUCGGAGUCAGUCACAUUCUCAGCCAAUCAGAGUGAAGCGAACAUAACUAUCAGGAUUAUGGAUGACAAGGACCCAGAGAGGGCAGAGUCUGCAUAUGUGGAGCUCAGCAGUGUUACUUUGCUCCAGGGUGCACAAACAAGACCAGUGGCUUUGUCCCCUCAACUUGGCCUGAGAAAUGUUUCAGUGGCUCAGAUCAUUAUAGAGGCCAGUGACAAUGCCUUUGGGGUGUUGCAGCUCUCUUCCUCAGCAGUGAGUGUGCCUGAGUUCUAUGUUGGGCCAAUCAUCAAUGUAACACGCACCGGAGGGAUUUUUGCUGACGUCUCCGUCAAGUUCAGGGCAGUACCAAUGACUGCGCGGGUUGGUGAGGACUACAGUGUGGCCUCAUCUGAUGUGGUUCUCCUGGAGGGAGAGAGCAGUAAGCCUGUCCCUAUCCUUAUUAUCAAUGACAUGGUGCCUGAACUGGAGGAAACCUUCCGCAUCGAACUUCUUAACCAGACCACAGGGGGAGCUUUCCUGGGCGAGCUCACUCGGGCAAUCAUCACGAUCUUGCCUUCAGAUGACCCUUACGGAUCCUUUGUUUUCCAGGCGGCAUCCAUGACUGUUGAAGAGCCAAGGAUGAAUGCUUUUGAAGUCUCUUUGUCCAUUGUGAGGAAUGCUGGGUCUAAAGGUUAUUUGGCUAUCCAAUGGCAGGCCACUGUUAAUGGAAGACCGGCAACUGGUGACCUUCGACCAGUGUCUGGUGAGGUUAACUUUGCUCCAGGUGAAACCAUGAAGAUGCUAAAAAUAGAGGUUUUGGCUGAUGAUGAGCCAGAAAUUGAAGAGAUCAUUAGGGUAGAGCUUAUUGGUGCCACAAAUGGUGGAAGCAUUGGUACUGAAAAUGUGGUGAACAUCACUGUCCCUGCCAAUGAUAAUCCCUAUGGAACAGUGUACUUUGAGCAAAAAGUCUAUCGGGUUCAGGAACCUCUGGAAGGAGUGUACACUGCCAACAUUACUGUCCAAAGAAGAGGAGGUAAUUUUGGACUUCUAGAGAUCCUAUAUAGCACCUUUGAGAUUGACGUUGUAAGUAAUGCUCAGAAAGAUGGCCAUAACCUCCUUAUCUACUAUGAUUCACCUUUCACUGGAGAACUCUCUAGUGCCAUUAGAAGGCCUAUCAACAUCACCUCAACCAGGGACCCUCUGAACUUCUGCGCAGCUUUCUGCCUUCGAGAACGUGCCUGCCAAGCCUUUUCUUUCACAAACGCCUCCACUGCAGUGUGCUACUGGGAACCCUCUAGCACUGGCCAGCUUUCUGCUUCCACCCAGACACGCACCUAUACCAAGAACAGCACUGUUGCUGCUUUUCUCUUCAGCUCACAGGCUGUUGCCGGGAGUGACUAUAUCACUAUGACUGGGCAGACAGCCACCAUGCUAGAUGGGUCAAGUGUUGCCAAUCUCACUGUGCCAAUUCUGGCGGACUCUUUAGCAGAGGUGAAUGAGAGUUUCACAAUACAAAUUUUGAAGGUCACCCUCAUUAACAUGACUGUGGCUGAACAACACCUGCCCACCAUUGGGCAGCCAGAUAUAACCACAGUGACCAUAGGGAUGAACGGUGAUGCGUUUGGAGUUUUUAUCCUCUACAGCAUUAGCCCUAAUGCUACCAAGAACAGAUUGUACAUGGAGGUAAGAGAGGAGCCUCUUAUUAGAGUGCUGCUGGUCAUUGAAAGGACCGGAGGCAGUCUAGGCCAGGUUACAGUGGAAUGGAUGUAUGUCGGUGGCAGUGCGAAGCCCAGUGCUGACUUUAAUGGUACAACAGGGGAGACUCUCCUCUUUGCAGAAGGUGAUGUAAGGAAGACUAUUGAGUUCUUCAUCAUAGAUGACAUUGAACCAGAGGGCAAUGAGACCAUACAGAUCGGACUGGUGAGGACUGAGGGCGGUAGCCGUAUCCUUCCCAGUUCAGAUACCGUCACCAUCCUCAUACUGGCCAAUGACCAUGCAGCUGGUGUGGUGGGCUUCCACCCAGAUUCACGAUCAGUCAUCGUUAGAGAGGGUGAGACACGACCUUUGUUAGUACAGAGGACUGCUCCAGCAGUAGGGAACAUCACAGUGGAAUGGAGAAUCCAAGGUCCUCAGUCACCCCUUACGUUUGCUGAUACCUCUGGAAUUCUCUUCUUUACUGAGGGGAUGCUGAAUAGCACUAUAGUACUACGGCUACUGGAUGAUAGCACUCCUGAGGAAAGAGAGGAGUACAGACUCAUCCUGUCUAAUAUUCAAACUAAGGGUGUAACAGUCACAGGUAUUGCUGCUCUGGACAUUCAAGCUCGUGAGGCGGUGGUCACCGUGGAGGCCAGUGACGAACCAUUUGGGAUGCUGAGCAUUGCCCCCUCCUCUCUACGAAUAUCCAUUGAGGAGAAGGACACCACCCUCAGGAUCUAUGUCAGCAGAGAGUUUGGGGCCUCAGGAGCACUGAAUAUCAGCUAUGAAACAGUGAAAGGUUCUCUGCAGGACCUGAGGCAGACUGAGGGGGCACUAGCGGAACCGGACCAGGACUUCAGAUAUGUCUCUAACUAUGUGAUCAUGCAGGACGGCCAGACCUCAGUGUCAGUCCCCAUCACUAUUAUAGAUGAUGACAUUCCUGAGCUGCAGGAAUUUUUCCUGGUCAACAUAACAUCAGCAGUUCUGAUAACCACACUCUCAACUGUCCCUAAGAUAGAUACUCAUGGUCUGGUAGCAGAAGUUAGCAUUAAUGCUAACGAUGGUAUCCGUGGAAUCAUCAGCUGGCAAAGCAUAGAUUAUGAAGUGAACGAAACAAGUGGAGGGUUAACCCUGGUGGCUUACCGGGAUGCUGGGGCAUAUGGAAAUGUCUCUGUCUUCUUCUAUGCACAAAAUCUGGAGGCUCAUUUGGGCCUAGAUUUCAAUGCUACAGCAUCAACACUCCAUUUUGCUAACGGAGAGAGGCAUAAGUUUGUAGAUGUGGUGAUCUUAGAUGACUCUGUUCCAGAAGGGAAUGAGAAGUUCCAACUCAUUCUAACAAACCCAUCAGCAGGGCUUGAGCUCGGAAAGAAGACUACUGCAACGGUGACCAUCCUGUCCAGUGAUGAUGGCCAUGGUAUCAUUUCCUUCAACAACAGUGAGCACUUUCUGCUGAGGGAGCCUUCAUCAGUGUCAGGUCUGGGCCAGAGUGUGGCCACUCUCUACAUUGUGAGAGACCCUCCCCAGGGAAUAUUUGGGACGGUGACUGUGCAGUUUUCCAUUACCGAUGCCAAUGGCACUCACUCCAUGGAUGACCUUACACCAUCUCAGGGCUUUGUGGUUCUUGAAGAUGGGGUCAGAUAUAAGACACUAGAGAUCUGGGCAGUUCUAGAUGCAGAACCUGAAAUGAAUGAGACCUUCACAGUUACUUUGUUCAACCCAACUGGAGGGGCACGAUUGGGAGAGCACCUUAGCGCACUCAUCACUGUGCUACAGAACCAGGCCCCACUGGGACUGUUCAGAAUAUCUCCAUCCAGCAACAGAACUCUGAGCUCUUUUACAGUUGAAGAAAAUGUUGGAACAGUGUAUUUGACAGUAUCUCGCAGUAAUGGACUGGAUUCUGCAGUCAGCGUGGAAUUCGAGACCCAGUCAGGCUCGGCCGUCGGCACAAAGGGGGAUUAUCCACACCUGGCUGUGUAUCAGCGUGUUAGAGACUCCCUGUCUCUGGGAUGGUGUGUUGUGUUCAGUGGAGACUCUGUUCUGGUCUUGAAGCUUGGGAGACUGCCCGGUAGCUUAAUCCAGGAACAGGCCAUUCUCUACAGUUGGCAGGGGGUUUUCAUGCCUAUUCAGGCUGUGAAUGUCCAGAGGCCCCGCUCUUGUGUGGGUUUUACUGUAAAUGGCACCUCCUAUGUGGCAGUGUCCCACGGAGACACCACGAACUCGCUUGCUGCCAAUGUCAGCCUAUUCCGCCUUCAGCCAGACCUUAAUCUUACUCUAGAGCUGACUGUGGCUGUGGGAAGCCAUGAGGUUAAACAUUUCUCAGUCAAGUCUCAGCAAUAUCUGAUAUCCUUGAACCAGGUCUUUUUGUGGACCGGAAACGUGCUCUUGCUGCAUCACACUCUGGAGCUGCAGGACAUCGUCGCUCUCUCCCCCUUCAGCCGUGCCAGCGGCCAGCACCUCGCAGUCUGCAGGAGCAGGGCCUCACCUGCCUGCCUCGUCUACCAGUGGUCUAAUGGGAGCUUCCAGAACCCUCAGCCACUGGCCAUCAGCUCUGGAGUCAAACAAGUGGAGUCUGUUCCCACAGGAGGAGCUACACUGCUGCUAGUCACCACUGACGGCCUGACUCCUGUGUGUGAGGUGUUUUUAUGGGGUUCUCAGCAAGCCUUCUUCCAGCAAGCCCAGUCCAUUCCAUCCCCAGGCCUGUCUUCAGUCCAUCCCUUCACUCCUUCCUCUGGCAUACCGCACCUCUUGCUCGCUGGGACGAAUGACUCGGCUCUAUAUUCAUGGAAGGCUGAUCUGAACCAGUUCAUUCCAGUCUUGAGGUCCUUCGCAGCACAGAGGUUUCUCUACAUCCCCACACCUUCCCUUAAUGCAACGAAGAAUCUGAUCAUAGCCAUGGAGGGAUCAGAAUCUGUCAUUUAUGAGCUGACCUCGAUGUCGGACCACUCUGACUUCAUCCCUCGUUAUGGUGAGCUGUUUUUCCAGCCAGGGGUUAGUGAGUUUGAGAUUGCUGUGAAUAUAAUCAAUGAUGAUACCCCAGAAGUGGAAGAACAAUUUCUCCUGAACCUCAAGAACCCAACGGGAGGGGCAGAGAUUGGCUUCCGUGGUCAAGUCACCCUGGUCAUUCUGGCUAACGAUGAUGCCUACGGUAUUAUCGGUUUUGCACAGAACUCUUUGUCUCGGGAGGUUGAUGAGCUGGAAAGAGAUAACCUAAUUUCUCUGAGUUUGGAGAGGAGAAGGGGGACAUUCGGGAGGCUGACUGUAUACUGGACAGCCAAUGGGAGUGUGGAAGACAUCUUCCCCACAUCAGGAGUGGUGACAUUCUCAGAGAGUCAGGCUUUGGCUCCAAUCUCACUGAGUGUGUUGGCCGACGGUGUUCCUGAACUGGCAGAGAGAGUGACCAUCGUCCUAACAGAUGUCACAACAGUCGGGGUCAUCGACCCGUCCAGGAGGGCAAAGAUUGACCCACUGCGUGCCAAGGCCGAGAUUGCCAUUAAGGCUAAUGGCUCUCCUUAUGGAGUGAUUGGAUGGCACCUGGACUCUCAGUCCUUCAGCACGCCCGAACCUCAAAAAAGCCCAGGCAACAUUACACUGAGCAUAGUGAGAGAUCAGGGAGCAUCUGGGAAUGUAGUGGUCCACUAUACAACCAGACCUGCACUCACCUUGCCACCUGUCAAUCAAGCCACCGAUGGCCAGGACUACAUAGCCAAACAGGCUACCGUCACUAUGACGGAGAAUGCUACUGUUGUCCUGGUAACCAUUACCAUCUUACCAGAUGACAUUCCAGAACUGGCUGAGACAUUUCUAGUGAAUAUCAGUUCUGUGGAGUUGCUGGGAGGACAUGCUGAGGUGGGCCAACCAAGCAUCAGGAGGGCUGAUAUGGAGAUCGCUGAGGUUACCAUUCAAGAAAACGAUGACAUCAGAGGAGUCCUUCAGCUCAAUGUCUCCAAGGAUACAUCUGGAGCAGUGGUGGCCUAUGAGGUCCCACCACCUAAUAAUGUGCUGUAUCUACCAGUGGUGAGGUUGGCUGGUCAGACUGGUAGAAUAGUGCUCUACUGGGAAACUCAGCCCAUCAACGCCACCGCAGGGGACUACUUUCCAUCUUCAGGAAACCUGACAUUUCAAGAUGGACAGGGAAGUGCUAUGAUUGAGAUUACCAUUACUGAUGACACUAUUGUGGAGCUCCCAGAAAGAUUUCUAGUAAAACUCACCCGUGUGAUUGGAGGAGCCAGACUAGGAACUGACACUUCUGCUAUGAUCAACAUCCCUGCCAAUGACUCGCCUUUGGGUCAUGUUGGAUUCCAAGACCUAACUAUUACUGUCUCGGAGCCACAGUUUGCUGGUGACCCAGCAUCCAUGGUGAAUCUAACAGUUGUGCGAAGUGCAGGGGCAGAGGGGACUCUCUAUCUGCUCUGGCUUCUUGAAGAGAAGGGGAGAGAUGACCUACAGCCUCAUAAUGGAACACUCAUCUUUAAUGGGACGGAGUCUAGGAAAUCUCUGGUGAUCCAGGCAAUGAAUGAUGCUGUCCUGGAGGGUGAGGAGAGGUUCAUGGUUCAGCUUCUCUCUGCCGGAAAUGAGGCCAUCAUUGACCCCAUGAGAAAUGUGGCCACAGUGGUGAUUAGGGCUGACCACGGUGCCCUGGGAGCAGUUGGCAUAGGUGAUUCCUCCAGGAAUGUCCUCAUUGGUGAACCUCAGGGCACUUAUAAUGGCACAGCUCUGGUCAGUCUUGACCGGGGGCCAGGCGUUUUUGGCGAGAUUGAGAUAUACUGGAACAUCACUCCGGCCAUAGCCUCUGAGUUUGUGGAGAUCUCAGGGAGGGUUAUCAUGAGAGAUCGCCAGUCUGGAGCCACCAUUCAGCUGAAGGCUCUUGAUGAUGACAUCCCAGAGGAGCGCCGUGUAUAUGAGCUGAGCCUCACCUCUCUGAUGCCUGCCUUGGAGAUAAGUCCCAGCAGACAGCGCGCCACUAUCACCAUGGCGGCCAGUGACCUCCCCUACGGCCUCUUCUCUUUCCCUCAGGCCUCCCUGACCACCAAGGAGGAGGACCGCACAGUGAAUGUGACGGUGGUGCGCUCCAUGGGUCUGCUGGGCAGCGUGUGGGUGAGCUACCACACGGAGGGCAGCAGUGCUCUGAGCAGCCUGGACUUCGAGCAGUCCGCAGGCAGGCUGCUGUUCAGCCCAGACCAAGCCUCCAGGGUCAUCCCUCUGAAGAUCCUGGAUGACUCCCUCCCGGAGGGACCUGAGGAGUUCCACAUCAACAUCAGCCAGGUUCAGCUGCUCAACGACAGUAUGCUGGACUUCACUUUACGGGAACACGGCCUGCAGGUAGACCAGCCUCCAGCCAUUGGCAGCUUCUCCUCCAUCACUGUGGUCAUCCAGAAAAAUGACAAUGCAGAGGGCGUCCUAGAAAUUGACCCAUCUUACAUAAACAUUACGGUUGCGGAGGACGUGGGCACUCUGUUUGUCCCUGUGCUGAGGAGAGUGGGCACGUAUGGGCAGAUCACUACUGAGUUCAUCUCCAAGGGCUUGACUGCCCAGCCUGGCUCUGACUACAUUCUUCCUAACGGCAGCUUAACCUUCAGACAUGGCCAGAACAUCAGUUACAUCAACAUCUCCAUAGUGGAUGAUCUAGACAGUGAAUAUAACGAGAUGUUUGAGAUCCGGCUCACGACGGCCACAGGUGGUGCCAUGCUGGGCGGCCAACUCAGCGCCCAGAUCACUAUUGCGAAGAGUGACUCGCCCAGCGGAAUGGUCCGCUUUGUGAACGAGAGUAUGAUAUCCAUCCCGAACCCUGACAGCACCCUGCGACUCCGCCUGCAGCUGGAGCGAGUUGGGGGCCUGGUGGGAGAUGCCACGAUAACAUGGAACAUUCUAGGUCCCAAUUCAAAUGAGGUAUUGCCAUCUGUAAACACAGACCUUGGUGAACCCGUGAACGGGUCAUUCCAUUACAGAGAUGGGGAAGGGGGAGAGCGCAUCCUUGAGCUGUGGAUUCUACCCCAUGGAGAGGUGGAGGUGGAGGAAACCUUUGUAGUUAGACUCAGCCUCCUCAUGGGGGACAUGGACAUUGACUCCAGAGCAAGCUCUGUUACGCUCAAGAUUGCGAAGUUUGGUGACCCGAAUGGCAUCGUGCAGUUCACAGCAGAGGACCUGAGAGAACAUGUGUACAGCGAGCCUGCAGCUGGCGAAGGUCCUCUCGACAUCACACUCCUCGUCAUGCGCAGAGAGGGAGUCAUGGGGAACAUCACAGUGUACUGGGAGAUCUCCAGCGAAUCAGAGGUGUCUGGCGACUUUGCCACCCUACAGGGCUCCACAAUCAUCCUGGCCGGGCAGCAGGUAGCAGAGAUAACCCUCGCCCUCCUGCCCGACACUGUGCCUGAGCUGGAGGAGAUCUACACCGUGCGGCUGGUCUCGGUGGACGGCGGCGCCAAACUUGAUGCCAACAGCAGCAGCACCCGUCUCCGCGUGCAUGCCAAUGACGAGCCGCACGGGGUGUUUGGUCUGCCCCACGGACACCAGGCGCUGAUCGUGAAUGCCACCGACCUCAGUAGGCGCCUGGCUCUGAACAUUAGCCGGGCAGCAGGGGCGUUUGGGAGCGCCAGCGUUGCAUACCGGAUCAGUUAUCCCACUUCUGGGCAGAGCUUUACGGAGGAGAACUCCACUGGGAACAUCCUGGUGAGGGAUGGAGAGACAUCUGUUAGUGUCACCGUGCCUGUCAGUAAGCAGGUGUUCUUUGUCACUGGUUUGAACCUCAUGGUGGAACUGACCAACGUGACUCUAAUUGGACCUGUCCAAGGCUCUCCGCCCCGUGUCCAUCUUGAGACGAGGUUUGCCAUUGUGUCCGUGCCUGAGGAGGCUGCCAAUGCUGAGAUUGGCUUUGCCUCCUUGGCGCUGCAGGUGACCGACAUUGUAAGUGGCCUUUGUACUGCACAAGUGAGCAGGACCGGGCUCUAUGGGGACGUGAUCGUGCAGUGGAGGGCUGGGUUCCCUCCUGGCCAGACUCCAUCAGGUUACCAGCCCGGAGUCGUCUCACCCAGAUCAGGCACUGUGACCCUGUCUCAUGGAGAGAGGAGUGAGCUUUUUUCUCUCUCGGCCCUGUAUAAUGUAUCUGAGCCGGUUGCAUAUGCCAUUCACCUGAGCGCUUUGGAAACCAGUUCACCAGGCGGAGCCAGACUCCGGCCUGGAUCCACAGUGGCAGAAGUGGAGCCCUUGGGUCUGUAUCAGUUCUCACCAGAAUCCCGGCAGCUGGUCAUUGAGGAAGACGUGCGGACCGUCACACUCUAUAUCCAGCAACUCUACGGUUUCCGAAGCAACCGCACCCAGCUCUACUACAAGACGUGGCCAGGCAGCGCUCAUGCCAGUGAAGACUACGCCCCGGUGCCUGACGGGCAGCUGCUGUUUGAAGCCCGACAAACAUCCGCCGCCAUCCGCAUCUCGAUUGUGGACGACUCAUUGACGGAGCCCAACGAGACGUUUUACGUGAACCUGACUGAUGUCCGAGUCCUUGCCGCCGCCGCCUACCCUCCGCUCGGGUCCAUUCCGCGAAUUGUCCCCGAGAACAGCGUCUCUACCGUCACCAUUAUUGCCAGCGACGUGGCCGGUGGGUUCCUGAGCAUUGGCCCGACGCUGGUCCGCACUUCUGAAGAUGGCCAGCAGGGAAUGCCAUCUCAAAAGGUGGCGCUGAGGGUGCGCAGAACAGCGGGGGAAACGGGAGCAGUGAGCGCCAGGGUUCGGGCUUAUGCCGGCAUCGCCGCACCAGGGCUCAACAGCACACUGUUCCUCCAGGAACACAAUGGGAUGUGGGCAAGGGAGGGGGAGGACUUUGCGCUUGAGUCCCAGACUGUGACUCUGUUAGAGGGACAAAGGGAGGCAGAGGUCAGCCUCUUCAUCCUGGAUGACCAGGAGCCAGAGGGGCAGGAGGUCUUCUUUGUUUAUCUCAGUGAGGCCGAGGGGGGAGCAGAGAUAGUCAGCUCGCCAGAUGAUAGUGGCUUCCUGUCCUUUGCCAAAAUCAUCAUCCUUGGAAGUGAUCUUCACAACGGAAUUGUGGGCUUCAGUUUGAGUUCCCGGUCAGGCCAGGUCCUGGAUGAAGAUUCAGACAACCGGACGGCUGUUCUCUUCCUCCAAAGGCAGGAAAACAGAGUGUUUGAGGACGUGUACGUGUACUGGCGGGUCACAUUCAGCCCCAUGGCACCAGAGCUGCUCAGCAAUGGGGUGAACCUUACACGGGAGCUGCAGCAGACCUCGGGCCACGCUGUGUGUAGGAGAGGAGAGGUCCUCUGCCCCCUGCCUCUGGAGGUCCGGCCUGAUCAGGACCCGGAGAAUGAGGUGUGGUUCCUGGUGGAAAUCUACGAGGUGGGUGAGGGCGCUGCAAUUAACCAGAGUGCCCGCUUGGCCAACAUCACCAUGCUGGAGAGUGAUGACCCACGGGGUGUGGUGUACUUCGCCAUGGGCUCCAGGCUACCCGUGGCUACACUCCAAGCCACCACAGUCCCCCUGCAGGUGUACCGGGACGGCAGCGUGUCAUCUGCUAUAUCCGUGAAGUAUCGUAUGCAGGAGUUGCAGAGGGCAGAGUUUAUUGGCCCCAUUUGGAUCUCGCCAGCCUUGGCCGGGCUUGACUUCAUCGCGGAUGAGAGCACGCUCGACUUUGCCGCCGGGCAGCGCAGCGUGGGUCUGAGCAUCACGCUUACCCCCAGCAACGCCUCGUCCAACCCCGCGCCCAAGCGCUUCCAUGUAAUCCUCUCUGAGGCCACAGGGGGUGCCAGGGUGCAUUCGGUGUACAGCACGGCUAACGUGACGUUGGUGUCAGACGGCGAGUCCCAGGAACUGUGGGCCCUGGUGGACCAGCUCCAUCAGCCACUGGACGAGGCGAUCAUCAACCACGUCCUGCAGGGCAUCGUUAACAAAGUCAGAGUAGACGUGACCCAUGAAGGGCUGGGUGCUGUGCUGGAUGCAGCAGGCAAGGUCUUGACGGAGGGUGAGAAGACUCCUCUGGAAGGCAGCAGCCGUGGUUUGACCUAUGACCUGCUGUGCUCCCUGGCCAAGCCUAGCCGGAUGGACACACAGGGGCUGAGCCAGCUAGCCCAUGUGGCUGAGCGUUUCGCCUUCACCCUGGUCACCGGCAUGCCAUGCGAGUCCAAGGCCCAGCAAGGAAGAACCCUCCUGGAUACAUGCCCUCACCUCACAAUCACUGCCUACCACUGGUACCCCACACAUAUCAACGGGCACACCUUUGUGGGCAGCAAUGGUGACACUUUUACCCUGCCCGAGACCCUGUUAGAGGUGCCAGUGGUCCCAGAUGGGGGCAUUGCACCCUCUGCCUGCCAGAAAGUGCACUUCACAGAGUACAGCACGCAGCACUGGUUCCUCACGAACACGACCCCCAGCGUUCUGAACAAAAAGGUGUUCUCUGUUAGUAUACAGGGCAGGGGGUCCAAACCUCUAGCAGAUGGUAAAGAGGUAGUGUACAAAAUACACACACCGGACCACCGUGUGAAGCCACACAAAUCUUUGUGUAUUUUGUGGAACCAAUCCACUGAAAGCUGGCUGUCCGAUGCCCAGUUCUGUCACGUGGUGAAUGACACGGGGAGCUUUGUGCAAUGCGCCUGCUCCCAUUUGUCCAUCUACACAGCCUACGCUGAGGUGGAUGCUCUGUCCGCGUACAACGAGGCGUUCUAUGCCGCCGUCUUCAUCUGUAUCUCAGGGUUUGCUUUGGCCAUCGUAUCCCAUGCACUGUGUUCCAGGUUCCACAUGUUUGCUGCCAAACUGCUCUCACACAUGAUGGUGGCUUGCCUCGGCACUCAGAUUUGCUUCCUGGUGUCAGUGUUCCGGGGCCGGAUCUUCUCUGACGAUAGCUGUGCAGCUCUGGGCCUCUUCUUCCACUACUUCCACCUCAGCCAGUUCAGCUGGAUGCUCGUCCAGGCUGUCAACUUCUGGCAGACACUGGUGAUGAACGACGAGCACACAGAGCGGCGCUACCUCAUCUACUUCCUGCUGAGCUGGGGACUUCCUGCGUUUGUCAUCAUCACCCUGGUCAUAGUGCUGCUCGGAGGUUACAAGUGGAAAAUUCACCAGGUCUACGGACUAGUGCGUGGGGACCUGUGCUUCAUACCGAAUCUGUAUGUGGCUCUCUGUACCGCAGCCUUUGUUCCUCUGAUCUGUUUGGUUGGAGUGCUGGUGGUGUUUAUCCAUGCCUACUAUGUCACGCAACAAUGGAAGGCCUACGAUGAUGUCUACAGAGGCCGCACCAACAGUGCAGAGGUUCCCAUGGUGUUGUACCUGUUCACCCUGGUGACGCUGGUCUGUCUGUGGGCUGGCGUCCACAUGGCCUACACAUAUCUGUGGAUGCUCAUUCUCUUUGUCAUCUUCAACAUCCUGCUGGGCCUGUACGUGUUUGCCGUGUACUUCCUCAUGCACAACCAGCUGUGCUGGCCGGCCAAGGCCAGCUACACCGUGGAGAUGAAUGGCCAUGGUGACCCCGACGGUGUCUUCCAGAGCACUGGAGCUGCCACCAUCAGCGGAGGGGAGAUCAGCAAGUCCACCCAGAACCUCAUCAGCGCCAUGGAGGAGAUCUCAGCAGACUGGGAGAGAGCAUCUCUGAGGCCUAGCAGUCAGCCAAGCAGUGUGUUCAAAGAGGGCCCAGAGAUGGAAACCUUCCCUUCAGAGGGCGGCUUCAUUAACACCAGCCUAGCCCAAGACGAAGAGGCACAGGAAUUCGAUGACCUUAUAUUUGCCCUAAAGACUGGGUCUGGCCUUAAUGUGAGUGACAAUGGGUCCACCCACGGUAGUCACGACGGUGGAAGCGCUGCAAACUCCCAGAUCGUCGAGCUGCGCCGCAUCCCCAUUGCCGACACACAUCUGUGACCUGUGACCUCACUUCCUGACCACUGUCCAUGCAUGGAUGAACCAGUCAACAGUAUUUUUUUUUGUACCUUUACCACCUUUGCACUAAAUUUGCCGUUUUCUUAGUCUUUUAGUUUUUAAUCUUUUUUUAUACCUGGAAUUUCUUGAUAUUUCUUCUGAGAUAUAUCAUGUGAAUAUGCAGUAUAAUUGUGACUACAUUCAAGUGAAGUUCUUAACGUACCGAGAUGUAAAUAUCCUGCAUUGUAGGUUAAGAAGUGCUCAGGCAUGCUGAUCCGGGAGCUCAGCUGCUUAAUACAUGUAACACAGAUCAAUAAAGAAUACAACAACUAUUUUAGUCAGCUUGUCUGCGAGUGCUUCUCUACCCUUUGGCUGUGAUUUGGAGAGUCAAAAGUGGCUGGCGGGCAGUCACGUGCCAAAAGAUAUCGCCGUUUGUUCUAGGUUUAAGCUGGAAAAAAAAUUCACGCAAGUCAGCAAACAAGUUCCACAUCUCCAGGCACUUUGCUAUUGUUAGCUUCGGGUUAUAGGUCUGCUCUCAUAGUCUUGCUGAUACUAAGGUGCUUUUAUAGCUCUGCAUGCAAGUGUUACAGGGUUACGUUUUCACGUGUGAAAAUGUCGCUGAA